AUGGUGUUUUACGAUAGACAAUCUCUUCAACGACGCAUCGAUGCCCUAUCCGAGAACAGGGAGCAAGAUAAGGCUUUCUUGGGGUGCUUCGGUGGUAACAACCCUAUGUUAUUCAGGCGUCGUGAAGUAACAAAGCAUCUUGAAGGCCUAGACAUCGAGAUCCGCGAAAUGACUAUCCGUAUGGAGGAUCGUACUCGUCGCUUUUCAUUCGAAGAGCAAGCAAUCUCAAUCCUGGACCAGCACGAAGUCCUGCAAGUCACGAUGAACAACAGUGAGAAGUACGUUCUCGACAUAGCAGGCGCCCAAUUUGGACUCUAUGCCCCUAUUGUCCCAUUCCAGCAAUAUGUCGACAGCCACGUUCGCGAGAUAAAAGGUUACAAAGACUUUGUGUACGCAUAG